AUGUCAAUUCUUAUUGACAAAAUAUUUCAAUGUGUUCAGUCAACUUGUUUACCAUUUUAUAAUCAGACAACAUCAAACAUCUUUCGUUGUCAAACGAAUUGCUUGAAUCGAGAUGAAUGUACGGCAGCGACUUUUUAUCAAUCGAAUUUACUAUGCCAAUUAUUUAACAGUCCCACCAAUCAAAAUACGAACAUGUCAUAUCAAAUGAAUGUUGUGACAAUGAUUGCGAUUUCUGGAACACGAUAUCCACCUAUUAUAACAUCAACAUCAACAACAGCCACAACAACAACAACAACAUCAACAAAAACAACAACAUCAACAACAAGUACCACUACGACAACAUCAACAAAAACAACAACAUCAACAACAAGUACCACUACGACGACGACUACUCCACCACCAUGUGGCCCUGGUGUGUGUUGUAAUGCAACUUGCCCUGCGUGUACUUAUGGUGGUGCCACCUAUUUUUGUCGAGCAUAUAGCAGUAGUACUAGUGGCUAUAAUAUCUAUACAAGUUUAGCUUCCUGUAAUGCUAAUGGCGCCACCUCUUAUUACUGUAAUUAUAGUGGCAGUUGUGGGUCUGUAGGUGGCUCUCCUGGCUUUGGUUCUGGCUCUGGAUGUUAA